AUGACACAGUACAGGCCAAAAAGUAUUAUAAAAGAAGUGGAAAACAGGACUGAAAUUGAUGAUCAGGAUGAGGGAGCAGAAAGGCAUUUAACAAACCAUUCUGCUCGACGUUUUAUGCUCCAGAAGCUGGAUGAUGCAGGAGUCGAGCAUAACCAUAUAAAGCAGAUAUCUGGACACAGAAAUAUCCAAAGCAUUUCUAGCUACUCUAAACUUAAUCCAAGUAAACAUAAAGAGAUCGCCAGUUGUAUUCUUGGUGGCUGCGAUGACAGAAUUCAGGCAUCACAAACAUUGGUCACGAUAGACAAUAACAUAGGAGAAAGAAAUGUUCAUCAAACAACAACAACAUCCGAGAGGCAGAUCUCAGUUGGACAAGGUCAAGUCGCACCUGCCGGGCUUAACUAUAUUUUCGGGGCCCCAAUAUAUGGAGGAACAUUCAACAUCAACAUACAUAGCGUACCUGACAAUAACCCUCAGCAAAGGAAACGUAGGAGGGUCAUAUUUGACAGUGAUAGUUCCCAGGAAUAAGAGAUAUGUGAACGGUGAACAGCUGUUCCGCCAUUGCUGUAGUUAGUUUUGUAGAUCCAUCCGCGCUGAUAUUUCGGUGGACACGUUAUUUUGUAGGAAAUUAUGAACAAUUUGUUGAAUUAAAAAUAGUGUCCUAUUACUGAAAUAUUUGGUUAAUAUUAUAAAAUAUUAAGUUACUAAUUUGUUUGACUUCUUUCAUGAUUUAAAAUAUAUUUCAUUUGCAACCAUGGCAACAAGAUGCGUAGUAAUCUCCCAAAGGAAAACGAAACAGGCGGAUAGAAAA